AUGACCACACUGGCCGAAAAGAGAAGCCUAGCUUUAGCGAAAGCACAAGCUUUCGUCCGUACGAGAAAGCCCAAUGCCACUACAGCUGCGAAAAAUGACCAGAAUGGAGGUGAGACUGCCGAAGCGUCUGUUGAGGACAAAAAUCCGAUCCGUCCUAGCUCAUUCGGUCUUCGGCCGCACUUCUCAACACUGCAUUACAUUAUUUCUAGUGUUAGUAUCAACUGCGAUAAAUGGUAUCAAACAAUGGAUGAGAAGGCUCGAUUAAUGCUUCAGGAUCCACCCUCCCUUGCAGACGGCAUGGAUAGGGAAACUGAAAAACACACUGUGAUGGCGUGUUUGCUUCUUGCCUCGAAAAUAGAGGAAGAACCGCGCCGGACCAGAGAUGUGUAUAAUGUUUUCUAUCGCUUGGAGCAGCUUCACAAGCUCAGAGAUUCUGGACGCGUCAUCAAUGAGUAUAUGAUCAAGGCGGAGAGAAGGCUGCUAGCUACCCUGGGUUUUGUCGUUCACGUCAAACACCCUCAUAAGUUAAUAUGUGCCUAUUGUUUCGUUUUACGAGCUCAUCACCGGACGGAUCUUAUACAAAAAGCUUGGACGUACAUGAAUGAUGGAUUGAGAACUGACAUGUUUGUACGGUACUCUCCGGAAACUAUAGCUUGCGCGUGUAUCUUUUUGGCAGCUCGCACAGUGCAGCCGCAAGUGCCCCUUCCCGAUAAACCGCGCAAUUGGUUGGUCCAUUUGAAUGCGAGCAUUUGA